GCGGAGGCCGUCGGUGGCGGCAGUGGCAGCGGGGCGUGAAGGGCUGCGCUGCUUCGCGUCAUGGCAUUGGAUCUGGACGAGUGGUUGCGACGGAGCAAAACCCGCUUCCAGACGUCUAUCCUCGGCAUCUUGGAACGGUAUAAUUAUCCUUUUGAGGAUGACUUCGUUGUUUCCAUGGAAACCCUCACUUAUGACACACCUGAUGGACCAAAGCAAUGGGGAGAUCUAUCAAUCAAGGAGCUUAGAAAACUAUUGAAGCAUCAUGUAAGAAGUCAAAGGACUGCAGAUCAAACUGCAAGUGAAGAAAGUGAUGCUGAGAUAGUGACAGUGAGAAGAAGAUUUGAAGACAUUCACUUCCAGAAUCUGGAUGUAGAUGAUGUGAAAAUGCAAGAGAAAGUACAGGUUCGAGUAGAUGUGAUAGUACAAGAUAAUGAAAGAAAAAUUCCCAAAUGGAUUACGGUAGAGCCUUCAUCAAGUCAUUUCACUUCACCAGUACGAGAACUGAAAGGCAACCAAAGCAAUGUUUGCAGAAAGAAAGUAGAAUUGGCAAAUAAAUGUUCUUUUUCCAGCCCCUACCAGUUACAAUUUUCUGGCGUUCCUAUGUUACCAGAUACAAUAACUGUACCCAGGCAUCAAUCUUUUCAAGAAAUGAGUGAAACUUGCUAUAAUAGUAUAUUGGAAGAAUAUCAGUCUGCAGAUGAAAGUUGUUCCUGGAGUAAUGUAACACUUGCAGACUUGUAUCCUAAAAUGGUAGAGGUUCUGACAAAGCUUAUUACAAGGGAAACUCGGAAAAAAACAUUUAAAUACUUGUUUGGACACUACAGGAACAAAAAAGGGCAUGCUAAAAGACCAAAGCUCAGUAUCACUGUAGAAAAAAUAAGAAAAUUCAGACCACUCAAAUUGAAGAAAGCACUACCCAGCAUAUGCAGCAGUAGUACAGACAUCCAGAAUCAAACUUUUGGAACUAAACUAAAUCAGAAUAGCAGACCUUGUGAUAAUCAGUGUUUUAUUAAUAACUCAUCUGGUCUGGUACCAUUUUCAGACAGUGACAGUGACGACAUGGAAAUGGACUGCUCUGAUUCAAAUUUAGAUUAUCAUUUGGUAUUUGGAAAGGACCAAAAACUUUCUGAACGGAAUGCUAAUGCUUUGGCUAGAAUGGGAAAGACUUUUCUAGCAGAAGAUCAAUUACAGACUACUGUCUCGUUGUACAGUUCAAAAUAUAACAAAAGUGGAAACUUGAGAAACUUGACUUACAAACAUUCUUUGGAACCACCGCUUAGAACAUCUUCUGCCAGUUCAGGAUUGGUGGCACUUCAUCUGGCAAAAGAAAGUAAAGCUCAAAAAAAUAACUUUCUUUCUGACGAUACAUCAGGUUUUUGCUCAUCUACUUGUAGUAUUGUUAGGAACAGUAAUACUUUUACACCUACCAAAGACUAUUAUCUUGCAUCAGAUACAUUGCUCAUAAAUCCUGAAAUAAAAAUUUCUGAGAGGCAGAAUUCUUUGCAACGCAGACACUCAUUUUCCUCAUUGUCUAUGAAGCAGAGUCCUUCAGAGACACCCCAAAAAUACGAAGAUGCCUUUGAGAAACUCUACUACAAACUGCUUUCCAGAGAAAGCCAAAAGCCUUUGACAUUGACAAGACCACUUUCAAACUCACAGAAGCUUGAAGAGAAAGGAAUAAUGAAGAAUACAUUCAGUGAUUCUGUGAGAUCCAAUAUACAGUAUAACAUCGCAUUUGAGAAGAUUUAUCAGCAGUUGUCUAGUGAGGUGGUUCAAAAAAUUCCUGGUUUCCAAAGAGCUUCAAAUUUAAGGAAAUAUGAAGGAAUACAGAUGUCAGAAACUGUAAAUGCUCUUGUUAACUCACCUGUUCGAUCUUUAUAUGCAAUUCCCAGAGUUAAGAGACUAGGAAAUUUUCAAAGUGAUCUUCUUUCUUCACCAGUAAAGCGACUGAAAAAUAUGCCUGAACAUUUUUUUUCAACAAAAUGUCAGCAGAUUUCUCACAAGAAAUAUGGUGAUCUUCAGACAGUUGGCAUGGAUUCUGCUAGGCUACACAAUGGCAGUAACACCAGGUUUUUUAACAGUCACAACUGUCAUCAUCAGGACUCUGGGUUUCACGCUUCUUCAGAUAAAACUUUUCUUGUUAUUCCCGAUGUUUCAUUGAAAGAAUUGGAGAAUACAGAUGUCCACUCUAGUUGGCCUAGGACAAUGCCACAUUACAGUAGCCCUGGAAAUGUACUGAAAUACCCCCAAAAGGUAUCCAGAAAACUAAGCUACACCGAUGGGAAGGACCGAAAUCGUAGCAAUCCCUUAGACAACAUCUUGAUCAAAACUCACCAAGGAGCCUUUAUGGCAUACAGAGAAAAUAACGUUUUAUAGUUUUUAUUUGUGGUCUGUUUGUUCUCAAAAAUCACAAAUGUAUUAAUACCACUUAAGGAUUUUAAGGAAGAGAUCCUUAGUAGAUAGGAACGUUACUGUAAUACACAAUUAAUGCUGAUUUAUUCUUCCCUGUAACAUUAAUCUUCAGGAACUAACCCAGCAUUCUUCAUACAGUGCCCUUCAUGAUUCUUGGGCUUCAUCAGGUGUUGCUAGGAACCAGGUUUCCUUUGUAUAAAUUUAUUUGAAUUUUAUAUUUAGCAGUAUUUUUAAUAGUAGAAUGUGAUUUGUGUUAUCUUUUUAUCUGCUGAUAAACUUUUAUUAUUCAAUUUUGAUUUUAAUCUUGAUUCUUAAUCUACUAGUACUAAGACCUUAACAAACUCAGUGUCUGCUGAAUUCUGCUCCAUUCCUGUUGUACAAACAUGUCAAUACAAAAUACCUGAAAUAAACUAGGUUGUUAUGUUCUUCUCUGUCCUACCAAAAUUCUACCUGACAUACCGUAUAUUCUCAAUAAAUACAUGUCCUGAAGAAAUA